AUGGCCAGGGGUGCGGAUCGAGGACAGGCUCGUGGCGUUGGUCGUGGCGUUAGCUGGGGCCGGGGACGAGACCUACCGAGCAGAGGUAAAGGACGUGGAAGCUACUCACAACCUCGCAACCAGACUCCAAAUUGGGACACUACAGCUACCACUCCCGGCGAGAUCAACGCAGAUCUCCCUGAGCGGAUCAGAGGGUCGUAUCGGCGACAGGUCGAUGCUGCUGAGCCCACGACAGGCAAUAUCGAAUUCAAGCUAAACCCCGACAUCCGCAAAUAUCUCCACCAACAAGAAAACAUCACUGCUAAUGCUGAAGAAGGUGACUGGCUGAAGUUGCCCGAAGUCCCAACUAACGAGGAGGUCGCUUUACUCCCUGAAGAGGAAGUCGAGUUGGCUCCCAACAAGAUCCGUGGAAAAUGGAAGUCAGUGGACAGAUACUUGAAGGCACACUUCGAGCUUCUUCGAGAAGAUGCCAUGAGUCCCCUCCGCGACGCUGUUGACCAAAUCAGGAAAAAUCCCGAUAUGAUGGAUGAUCACACAAUGUCAAUCUACGAGAAGGUCCACAUCGUGGGGUUCACCUUUUCCCAUGCUGGCAUCGCAGCCCGCAUCCAGUUCUCGACAUACCGUGCUCAACGACGCAUCCUCUGGCAAGGGAGCAAGCGCCUGGUCUCGGGCGGACUCGUGGCCCUAACCCCGAGGGAUGAUAAGUUUGCAACCAAAUGCACCGUCGCUGUUGUGGCUGCGCGUCCCCUCGAGGGUCUACAACAGAAUCCACCAGAAAUCGAUCUCUUCUUCAUCCGCCCCGAGGAUAUUGAGAUCGAUCCGCAGCAAGAGUGGAUCAUGAUAGAGGCCAAGACAGGAUACUACGAAGCAUACCGUCAUACUCUUCGUGCAUUGCAAAAAAUGAGCAAAGAGACGUUUCCCCUUUCACAACACAUCUGCAGCAUGUCGACAGACAUUCAGCCCCCGGCGUACGUUACCGAGAAUCCGGUGAUGGAUCUCUCUGCGGCUGCCGGUACUGAAGCCGAGGAAGGUUACGCAGAGGUAGAUGUUCUCACCGAUUGGCCCGGUCCAGAGAAGAGUGGCCUUGACGAGACCCAGUGGGAGGCUUUGAACCAAAUUCUGACAAAGAGCCUGGCUGUGAUCCAGGGUCCUCCAGGAACUGGUAAAACUUAUGUGAGCACUGUCGCUCUCGAGAUUCUCAACAAGUACGUCAAAGGAAGUGACUCCCCGAUCAUCAUUGCCGCGCAGACGAACCACGCACUUGAUCAAUUGCUUGAGCAUGUAUCCAAAUUCGAACCGAACUUCAUCCGCCUUGGAGGCCGAAGCACCAGCAUUGAAGUGAAGAAGCGUGCUCUUUGGCAGAUACGGAAGAAUGAGAGAAUCAACUUGAUUCCCGGCAGUCUUCUCGGCAAAGCUUCUUCGAGCUAUCGCACCCAGUCUGCAGAGCUUCGUAAGAUCUUGGAGCCCAUGCACCAAGACCCAGGCAAACCUCACUCGGUCGAAGUGUUCCUCCAUCAUGAAGUUCUCAGCAAGCAGCAAGGUGAGUCUCUAGAAGCCGGUGCGUCGCGCUGGGUGUCUGCCGAUGGCGCCGAGAAUGACCCUAUCCAGCUGUGGAUGGGCCAUGCCUUGGUCAAGUAUGCUGUUGAGUACGAAAGCGAGAGCUUCGGCUUUGAUGAAGAAGACGAAGACCUCGAAGUUGAGCAGCUCAAGGAGCACGAGGCUGAGAACGGGGUGAAUGACGAAGAAGAUGCACAAGACAUGCUUCAAGGCACAUGGUGCAGCGUCCAGGACCACUUUGCGGUUGAACCUCCUUCUGAAACCGCUCUGAGAGAAGCUGCUCGACUGCUUGAUACUACUCAAGACCUGUGGAAGGUACCCCAAGCCAUGCGCGGCCCCUUGUACCAUGUCAUCACACAGCGUUUCAAGGCUAAGCUUCUGGCGCGAUUCCGUGCAGGUGCGGAGUCGUAUGAGAAGAUACGACUCGACCUCAAGACUGGAAAAGCGGAGCGGGAUAACUAUUACCUGCAGCGCGCCCAUAUCAUCGGCAUGACGACCACGGGUCUGUCCAAAUACCGACAUCUGAUCGCGAGCUUGAAGCCGAAGAUUGUAUUGAUCGAAGAAGCUGCAGAGGUCUUCGAGGCCCCAGUUACGGUCGCUUGUAUGCCGAGUGUGGAACAUCUCAUUCUAGUUGGAGACCACCAACAGUUGCAGGCUCAUUGCAGCGUGCAUGAAUUAGAAGGCGAGCCAUAUUAUCUCAACGUCUCGCUAUUUGAGAGACUCGUCCGCAACAACAUGCCAUACGCGGCUCUUCUUCGCCAGCGCCGCAUGGACCCUCAGUUCCGCAAGCUCCUGGGUCCAAUUUACCCUGCGCUCCAUGAUCACCGGUCGGUCCUCCAACGGUACAGAAUGGACUGGGGUAUGGGUGAUGUAAGAGCAUGGUUCUUCGACCAUUCCUGGCUGGAGUCACGCGACGCUCAAAUGUCGACCUACAACGAAGAUGAGGCCAGGUUUAUCACUGGCUUCUACCGCUACCUGGUCCUCAACGGCGUCGUGCCCGACAAUAUCACCAUUCUCACAUUCUACAACGGCCAGCGAAAGCGACUUCUGAAGGGCAUUCGCUCUUAUCCUGAGCUCAAGGAGCGUUACCACAACGUGAAGACUGUUGAUUCAUACCAAGGCGAAGAGAACACAAUUGUGAUUUUGUCACUAGCCCGUUGCAAUAUGACCGGGAAGAUUGGGUUUCUAGAAAGCCGUAACAGAGUCUGUGUCGCGUUGUCCCGCGCUAAGAUGGGGUUUUAUCUGUUUGGAAGUGCGGAAACGAUCUCGAAAGACCCAAUGUGGGUCUCUGUUGUUCAGCGCAUGAAGUCUACUAACAGCUUUGGUUCGCACAUGCCUGUCAUUUGUCAACGUCAUCGCACGCAAUCAAGAAUUGAAAUGCCCGAGCACUGGGCAGAGAAGGUGAGCAUGGGUGGCUGCAAAGAAAGAUGCCUGGAGGUGCUGCCGUGCGGACAUGUGUGCGGGUUCAAGUGUCAUCCUUUCAGUCAUGAGGCCGUCUCUUGUGCGGUGAGGUGUGAGAAGAGCCUUAGGUGCGGCCAUCGGUGCAAGACGGCCUGUUUCGAAGAGUGCUCGUGCGACUGCGGGACUUUUCAGCGGACCGAACUCGAGGAACAGUCGCGUGUUACGUUCUCUUCUUCGGAUGCUCGCGGAGAGGACGAAUCCUCACGCGAGCCGCGGUCCCUCAACACCAGCGAGCUUGAUGUGUGGAGGGGUGGGAAAUAUCUGAGUGGUGGGCAUAACUCUGAUCUCUCUGAAGGCAUCAUUUACUUACCUAACCAGGGCUCGAGCCUACUAGAGUAUCGGACAGCAGAUGGGGUGAAUGGUCAAAUGGCCACGCGCAGUUGUGGGAUGCAGGUGACGGAUGGGUGGAUCCACAACACUCGGGAGUACAAUGGUAGAAGCGACUCUUCGCCAUUUGCGACCAGCCGGUUUUCGGAACAGGAGCAGGCUAUAGGUCGAGCUUUGUGGGACGGAUACUCUUCAGGGGGCGUCAAGGGCGAUGAUGCACAGAGGGCCUCUUCAACGGAAAGCUCACCACCCAAGGGUUUUGCGAAAUCGAGUUCACUGAAGCAAUUGAACUCAGCAAACGCCCGAGACGGCCGCGGUGAGAAGACCAAGUGCAUGGGAAACGGCCGCAUGAAGUUUACUCAAGUGUAUCAGCGAGUUACCACUCCCAGCACCGCUGGCGAUGGCGUGUUUGACGAUGAGACGGCAAAGAAACCUAGCUCCGCCACGAAGUUCGGUAAGCUCAUCGAUAUCUGA